AUGAGAGGUAGAAAGCCCAAGUGGUACAGCUUGACCAAGCCUAAACUCCGCCAGUCAUGGAACAAAUACAACCUGUUCAACAUCGCCAGAGCGAACGUGAGGCAAAAUCGUAACAGGACCUUCUUCCAGCAGAAAUGGGCGGCAAAGUCCGUGACCCGUGGCUACCACGGCGCCCAUAUCAAGGAGUCGGACUGGAACCGCGCCUUCUCCCGCCGCCUCUUCUCUGCCGUCGACAUGCCGCCCGAGUAUCUCGCCUCCUUCGACGGCUCAGAGCAGGCCGCCGGCCGCGGCUCCGGCCUGCACGCCGAACCUGGCUCCAAGGACCGCACGCCCACCGCCGCCAACUUCUCCCAGGUUGAACAGGAACGACAACGCCGGGUCCGCGCGCUUAGCGCCUCAGCUGGCCAGGUCAGCCAUCCAGCACAGAGGUUUAUCACAAGGGACGCAAGGGGCCAGAUGCUGGCCCGGCCCAUCCACGAGAUGACGCCCUACAUGCAGAUGGCCUACGCGCCGCUCGAGAGGAGACUAGACGUCGCCAUCUUCCGUGCCAUGUUCGCCAGCAGCACGCUCCAGGCCAAGCAGUUCUGCACACACGGUGCCGUCAAGGUCAACGGCAAGCCGAUGCGUUAUGGUGCCUAUAAGCUCAACCCGGGCGACAUGUUCCAGGUCGACAUCGACUCCGUCCUUUACGCCACAGGUCGUGCCAAGACCCCCGCCCAUGCAAAGUUCAUCGCCGGUGAGGACUGGGAGUCCAAGAACGCCGUCAGGGACUCGAAGGAGGGUAAGAGCCGCGUCCUCGACCCCGAAGCCUCAGAACAGGCCGCAGCCGACACACCUGUCGAGGCCGAGGCUGAAUCCGCUGCCGAGGCCGCCGUUGAGGAGGCUGACGCAGCUGCCGCCGAGGAGGGCGGCGAUGAUGCCGCUGCCGCCGCGUCAACAGAAGAGAGUGCGGUGUCGGAGGAGGAACGCCGCGCCGCGCACCACAAGCAGCUCAAGGCCCUCGUCCGCUCCGCAAAGUCCCUCAUCAGCGACGGCGAGGGCCUCAACCCCCGCAAGAAGCGCCAGCUCCGCGCCUUCAUGACGGAAACAAAGCGCGUCCUCUCCUCCUCGGGCCGCGUCGCCGACGCCGAAGCAGCGUCCAACGAUCCCAACGCUGUCAUGGACCACCUCUCCGCCAUGCUCAAGGACUUCAAGCUCGAGGGCACCAAGGUCGAGGCCGUUGAGGCCGUCGCCGCCGAGGGGGGGCAGCAGCCGGAGCAGCAGACCGCGCACAAGGAAAAGGCCGCCACUGAGACCAUCAAUGAACUCGUCACCUCCAAGGAGGUCCGUCGGCAGAUCGACGGGCUGUCGCGGGAGGAGCAGAAGGUGCUGGCAAACCUGCUCCGCCAGGACGCCGAGAACCCAAUCGACGAGUCCAAGCCCUACUGGACCCCUUGGGAGCCGCGGCGCUACAUGGCGCCGUUCGCCUUCAUCCCCCGCUACCUAGAGGUGAACCAGAACAUCUGCGCUGCCGUCUACCUCCGCCACCCCGUCGCGCGUCGCGGCAUGGCCGAGGUGCCCACCCCCUUCGCUUACGAGGUCAACCAGCUGGCCUUCAACUGGUACCUGAGGAGGCAUUAA